AUGAACCAUAGGAUACCCAGUACUAUACAGGAGAAUGCUCAAUCCGAUUUCAAUAACUCUAUUGAUCAUCAAUCAUCAUUCCGGAACUCACUUGAUUCAUUAUCGUCCUUAGUUCAUCCAGAAGCCAAUUCCACUUCAUUAGAUUUGAAUGAUGACCUGGCAAGUACUGAUAAUCAUAGCUCCAAUUUGGCACUUUCCAGACGAAGUUUUGAAAGUUCAAGCUUUGUCACAUCAAGCUUUAGACCAAGUUUUGACGAUAGUUUGCCCCUAUUAGGUUUGAACAGAUUGUCUAUUCAAAAAGUAAGUCCAUUAGGUCCAAAUUCAAUCUAUGAGAUAAUUGCAGAUGGGAAAAACUUACAUAUCAGACCUCCAACUCAAAAAGAUAUUCCAGCUAUUCAUUUAUCAAAAGUGGAAAAGGCUUCAAGAGAUGAAUUGAAGAAUUACUUGACUGACAUUGGAUCAGAAUAUGAUAGAUAUGCAAGCAAUAAGCAAUUGACUACAACAACAUUGGAGUCCUUUGUUAAAAGACAGAAUGGAGGUGAGAAUGAAAAUGAUUUAUUAGAGAAAGAAAUUGAUUCGCUAGAUACAAUUCCCGAAAUUUAUUUCAAAGAUAAUUUCAACCUUGAUGACCCAAGGGUUUUCAGCUCUGUUACAGAAGGAAACAAGAUUGAUAAUCUAAAUGAUUUAGCCCAAGAUAAACUUUCAUGGUAUCUUGAUACUGUUGAAGUGCAUUUGGUGAACGAAAUUUCAAAAUCUUCCAGUUCGUUUUUUGAUGCAUUGAACGAUCUUAAUGAUAUAAGUGGGAAGAACAAAAGUAUUGUCAAAUUAAUUGAGAAUUUGAAAUUAAAACUCAAAUCCCUACAAGAAAACAAGGUUGAAAAAAAUUUGGAUAAGAUCCAUCUAAUUAAUAAAAGAAAAAAUGUGGCUAAAUUAGAACAAGGGUUGCUACAGAUGAAUACUGUUUUGAAUGAAGCUGAUAUUGCAGAAUCUUUGUUUUUGAAAGGAGAGUAUGGAAAAUGCCUUGAUAAGGUGGAUUACGUUGAAUCAUUAAUAAGAGGUGAAGUUACAGAUUUGAGCUGGCCUUUCAAGCUACAAGAUUUGAGAUCGGUACCAGGGCUAGUCAAUAUGAGGGAACUGCUGUGUAACUUAAGAAUUCAGACUGGCCAAUCCUAUUCUAAAAUUUUUACAAAUUUCUUGUUGGAAGAUCUUCGUAAACAUUAUGAAGAUAUUGAUGUUUUAAAAGUUUGUGAAAGGCUAUCAACUAAUUCAACUUAUGAAAAGAAAAUUGAUAAUGAUUUUAAAGCCAAGCUUAAUGAGUUCAUAAUAGGGUUGACUAGAUGUGAGGAAAUUGCUUCUGCAUUCAAAAAUUAUGAAGAUCAAACUGUUAACGAGAUGAAGAACAUUGUAAGAUUUUUUUUGCCAAAUGAUGAAACCUCAAAUGAUUCUAAGAAUGGUGGGACCUCAUCGGUUGGAUCCUCCAAUAAACCAAGUGGUAAAAGUUUGAGUGCAAUGAUUAAAGGGUUAACACCCAGAGAGUUUGAAGAUAUGAUUAUUAAAAUUUUUGCUACAGUUUCCGAAGGAUUAAGAAGAUUGACCGUUCAUCAAAAGUUGCUAUUAGAUUUAGCGUUGAGUAACAUCAAAGAGCAAGACCAAGAUCAAACUAAUUUAAUCAUGCAAUUGGAUAUCAGAAAUUGUAUCAAUAGGAGUAUCGAGAUUGUUCAAAUCAGAAUGGGUAAAAUCAUAGCUGUGAGGAAAGACAUCAAUGCUUCAUUAAGGUCAGAUUAUUUCUUGAGGUUCUUUUAUAUAAAUUCAAUUUUCCUCAACGAAUGUGAAAACAUAUCUGGCUUAAAUUUCAAAUUCCUACCUGAUGUUAUAAGCUCUCAAAUUAAAAAUUUCAAUUUAACGUUCCAUCAUCAUAAUUUGAAAAAAGUGUCACAUUCCUUAGAAGUGGAAGAAUGGAAGCCAUUAAUAGUUACAACCGAAUUACAAGAUAUUGUUUAUAAAAUUGUUGAUAAUGAAAAUUUAGAUGCUGAACAAAAAUGGAAAAAAGAUUUGUUGCAUUUAAGAGAUGAAAAAGAAUCAGAGACCAAUGGAAAUCAAGAGCCAACUGCAAAAGAUGAGCAAACAUCACAUAAGCGGUCAAUUGUUGUUGGUGACAAGACGUUUGUUGCAAGUAACUCAUUAUUGACAUUGAUUUCAUUAAUUGCAGACUAUUUUGUUUUGAAAGUCAAUUUUCACCAUUAUUCAAACACUUAUGAAUCAUAUUUGCUUGAGCUAUUCAAGUACUACAACUCAAGAACUUUCCAAAGUAUAAAGAGACCAGAUGGAUCCUUGGAUCGUAACAAAAAUCUAAGUAUUGUUGGAGAGUCAUUGGAUUGUUUACAAGAAUUGAUUCAUUAUAUUCGUAUCGAUUUUGAUAAUCUGGAACUAGAUGAUCUAUACAAUACAAUACUCCACCAGUUUGCAACUUCGAAAUCCAGAAUUGAUAGCAUUAACACAAUUGAUGAAUAG